UACUGAGGCACUCAGAGGAACCAGCUCAGAUGCAGUUUCGUUUAGACACAGACAGAACACGGCGAUUACUAACCAGUGGAUAGUCAACAGGAUGGAAUCAUACACAGAAAUGGAAUCUCCGAUAGCCCUGGUUGUAAAUUCACCCGAUGGGAGCCUGUCAGUGCAUCAACCUGCUGUGGAUUUGUUAAAGACCAUUGAUCAGGCUUUGGUAGUUGUUGCUAUAAUCGGGAAAUAUCGGACAGGAAAAUCAUAUCUGCUGAACCGCCUUGCUGGAAAACAGAAAGGGUUUGAAAUUGGAGGCAGCGUCCAGUCAGAGACGAAGGGAAUCUGGAUGUGGGCCCUCCCACAUCCACGGAUGGAAGAUUGCUGUCUGCUACUGUUGGACACUGAAGGUCUUGGAGAUGUGGAAAAGGGAAAUGUAAACAAUGAUAACAAGAUUUUCGCACUUGCAGUUCUGCUGAGCAGCAUGUUCGUGUAUAACAGCAAAGGAACAAUCGACCAACAGGCUCUACAGGACAUCAAUUAUGUGACAGAACUGACCAAAAUCAUCCGAUCUAAAUCUGGAGAGAAAGAUGACCAUGGAGAAGAAUUCAUGCAAUACUUUCCUGGCUUUGUGUGGGUCGUACGGGAUUUUUGUCUGGAGCUGAAAAUUAACAAGAAAGAAGUAACAGCAGAUGAAUAUUUGGAAAAUGCCCUUAAACUGAAAGAAGGUGAAGGUCCGGAUAUUGAGAACUUUAACUUGCCACGACGAUGCAUCAGAUAUUACUUUCCUUCCAGGAAUUGCUUUGUGUUUGACACACCUGGAAAUAAACGUGUGCUUCGGAAUAUCGAAACAGUCGAUGACAAAGAGCUGGAAGAAGAUUUUGUUCAAAUCAGUAACAAGUUCUGUGAAUUUAUUUACACAAUGGCAAUGAAGAAAACUGUUCCUGGUUUUGGGAGCAAAGUGUUCACUGGAACAAUGUUUGCACAACUGUUGACCGCAUACACUGACCUGUUCAGGCGAGGAGAGCUUGCAUGUCUUGACCAAGUUGUUCAGUCAUUGACAGAUACAGAGAAUGAAAAAGCAGUGAAGGAAGCUGAGAAACUCUUUGAAGAGCAGAUGGAAAAACUGGUUACUCUCCCAACGGAAACUGCUGAAGAACUGAAUGACAUUUAUACGAAAUGUAACAAAGAAGCAUUUGAUAUGUUCCUGAAACGUGCUUUAGGAAACAGUGAGAGAUACAGAGACAAACUACAGGGAGCCAUUGAUGCAACAUUUGAUGAUUAUUGUAAAAGAAAUGGAGCGGAAUCUAGCAAGAAAUGCAGAGGGCUACUGAAGGAACUAUUUCAGGAAAUUGAUGUGAACUUUGCAGCAAAUGUCUACUUAUUGCCUGGUGGAUACUCGGAGUAUUUGAAAGAUCGAACUAUAGCUAUCAAUCGCUAUAAUCAGACACCACAAAAAGGAGUGAAGGCAACUGAUGUUCUUGAAGAAUUUCUAAAACAGAGAAAGAGUGAAUCUGAAAACAUUCGUAUGAUGGAUGAGGACCUCACGAACAGAGAGCGGAAAGUGGAGGUUGAGAAAGAAAGACAGUCCCUGGCAGAGCUACAAAAGGCUGCGAUGGAGCAACAGACGAAAAUGAUGAAAAGCAUUUUGGAAGCUGUGGCACAAAAUAAUAAUAACAAUCUGACAAAAUUUAUGGAAAUGCUGAGACAAGAAAGAGAAUUACAAAUGAAACAACAGGAGCAAAUUACAAGAAAACAACAAGAAAUUGAAAAUAUGUCAAACAAAACAUCAUGUGUUAUACAAUAAAGAAACAAUGGAUUGGGAAACAAGACAAAAUUGUGCCCAUAUGCAUGAAUUUUUUAUUUGUUUUCAAAUUUUAAUGAA